AUGGCCCUUUUUACUCGCUCAGUUUCCUCAGGGGUGUAUUUUAUCUGUGCUAUGCCCCUUGAAAACGUGUACUUUCUUGUUUUUGAGUCCCCACCCGACAACAACCUUUCACCAUCCUUCCUUGACACGUUUGCGAGUUGUCUCCAAACGAUUAAAGAAAGCUACCCGCCUGGCGUGCUUGUUACUGCAAGCAGAAAUCCACAUUCCUACUGCAGAGACGUCCCCUCAAACGCUGAUGAGCAGUGGGAGCGCCAAGCAUGGCCACUAUUGACACAGAUUCUCACGUACCCCAUGCCAACAAUCGCAUUUAUCAAUGGCCGUGCUGUUGGUCUGGGUUUUCUUUUCGCUCUAUGCCAUGACUUCCGCAUCCAAUCCAAGUCUAAUUCUACGUUGUGCAUGUGUGAAAAUCCGUCCACUGUGAAUAUUGCGCCUCGAAUAGACCUUAUAAAAGCCAUCCUACCACGCUCUACAGUCAAUUUUUCGGCGUUUGCUAAUGGAAACCCUUUACAUGCCCGCGAAUCUCUCAAGCGAGGGCUGGUAGACAAAAUUGGACACGUCGAGGAAAUCUUUGAAUUUAUCAAGGACCGGAAAUUAUUGGAAGCUGCACGUGCCCCGGCUUACAGCGAGAGUAAAAUGACGUUAAAGCGCGAGGCUAUUCGCGUACUAGACUCAAUCAAGAUGGGGCGUUAUUCGACAGGCCGUUGUGACAGUAAACGCCUAAACGCUGGUUGCCAAGCCCAGACGGUUUCAUUUCAGGAAGCCCCAGCUCUGACUCCGUCAAUAGUGGUUUCAGGUGCACACUAUCUAUGUCUGCUGUAG